GCUACUGGCCAACUAUCUUAUGUGGAAAGCUGUCAAAUUCUCAAUACCUUCCGUUACAAAAAAGUUACUUCCGUGGUUAGAUGAAUACGAGUAUUCAACUUUCAGGUGGUGGACAUGUGUCAGUUUAACUUUAGAGAGUAUGCCCAUUGCUAUCAGUGCUUCAUAUGUUCGGAAACAUUUCCACGAAGAUCUCAAACAACAAGUUAUGGAAAUGGUUUCCAACAUCAAAAAAGAAUUUGCCAACAAUGUAAAAAGCGCCGACUGGAUAGAUGACGAUACAAAGCUUCACGUUUUAGAAAAAUUGGCAGCCAUGUCGUCUUACGUUGGGUAUCCGGACGAAUUGCUCUCAGACAAAAAUUCAUUUUAUGAAUUAGUUUUUAGUUGCAUGUGGAAUCCGAGAACUUGCUAAAAAUGGGAUUGAGCACUCGACUCUUUGAUUAUGAGAAUGCAGCUAAAAGUUUAGUAUUGCCAGUGAAUCAAAUCAAUUGGGUUAAAUGGGGAGAACUAGCUAUUUACGUCGGCGUACUCAAUGACCUAAAAACAAACGAAAUCGUAUUGCCUGCCGCUAUAUUGCAAGGCAUCUUUUUUAGCAAUGAUAGGCCACACUAUAUGAACUACGGUGCAAUAGGCUUCGCAAUUGCAGAAUUAAUUACGCAUGGAUUCGAUGAUAAAGGUCGACAGUUUGAUAAAUAUGGAAAUUUGGAAGAUUGGUGGGUACCAUCUACAAAAGAAAAGUUCAUAACAAAGGUCCAGUGCAUGAUUGAUCAAUAUGGAAACUAUUUCGUAUCCGAAUUGGGAUUAAAUCUAAACGGCGUUAGGACGCAAGGAGAUAAUACAGCGAGCAAUGGUGGUAUGAAAAAUGCAUAUUUAGCAUACAAUGAAAGGGUUCGCCUCAAUGGAAAGGAACUACUUCUUCCCGGUCUCAACUACACCGAUAGGCAAUUAUUUUGGAUUUCGGCUGCGAAUUCUUUGUGCGAAAAUCAGAAACCGGAUUCCGCGACAGGGCAUUUUCUUAACAGUCAACUUCCUCGGAAAUUUAGUAUAAAUGGGGCUCUAAGUAAUACGGAUUAUUUCGCUAAAGAUUUUAAUUGCCGUGUAGGAAGCAAAAUGAACCCUGUUAGUAAGUGCGAAGUUUGGAGGUCGUUGUGAGCCUUUUCAUUAAUUUAAGCGAUUAUUUUCGUAAGUGAAAUAAAUCAUUCUUUACUUACAAGAACGCGUUGAACGAUCUAGUUUUUAAUGUAAAUAAAAUCAGGUUGUUUUUUUGUAAGUAAAAAUAAAAGAAAAAUAUACAUCA